AUGAUAUUAGUUGGAACACUGCAAAAAGAACAAGCUAAAGCUUUACAACGAGGAAUGGCAGCUUUCAAAGCUGAACAAAGCCUUGUAGAUAGAAGAAAAUCCAUUCCAAUAUUGACAGAUGAUUUGCCUAGUAAAUCGUUGGAAGAAGGGUUGGAGAGGACUCUGGAACCUACUACAAUUGAGGAAGAAAAGAAAGAAAUGGACACUAUCCUAUGGUUAAUCAACUAUUUGCCUUUAUUUACAAGCUUAGUUGGUGCUUUACUUCUCCUUUUAUUUGGAGCCUUCCUGUUCAGACUAAUUGAUGAAAAAAUAGCAGAACAACCAUUCCAUCGCGCAGUUCUCUUUACUUUUCAAGCUGUAGCAACUAUCGGGUGGGGCGAUAUUCGGCCAGGGAAUAAGUUGAGUCAGGCAUUUUGCACUCUAUAUACAAUCUUUGGUGUCCCUAUAUUCUUCUCGGCAUUGGCCAAUGUGGGAAGAUUAAUUUCUGAUUUUUAUACGCUCGAUUGGCUUUUUCUUACUUGUGUUGUACGCCCAAUGAGCAAAGAUAAAAUUGGCCCUUCAGCCCAAAAACAAAUAGCAUUGAGAAAGUCAUUGUACCUGCUUUGUGUUCAUCAAUUAAUUGGGAUGUUUAUAUAUGGGGCUCUUCUGAAACAAUACACGCCUAUUGUUGUGCUUUAUUUUUGCCUUACUUCUAUGGCUACUAUAGGCAUCGGAGAUUACCAUCCUGAUGCAGCCAGCUUGUGGCAAGCCCUUGUAGCAAUCAUUUUCAUGAGCAUUGGAAUGGUUCUAUUAGCCUCACUAUUAAUUGCAUUGGCUUAUCAUUUCCAAAUUAUAUUCUUUGUACACCUACAGGGGUGGUUGCAACGAAAAUUUGAUGAAAGGAAAUAAGUAGAUGAUACUCUAAAUUAUGUCAUAUCCUAACAAUUUUUUUAAAAAUUUAUUGAGAGACUAGACAAAUUUUUAAAAAAAUUUCGGAAACAAUAUGAAACGAAAUAGAGGACAUAACAUUGUAAAAUAUUUAGAUUUAAUAUUAAAAAUGAUAUGUA